UUGUGAAAAUUGUAUAGAUACAAAAAAAACGAUGCGGCGGUGGUUAUUCUUCGUUUCCUCAUCGUCGCUGUGGAUUCGGGUGGCUCUUUUAAUUAUUUCCUUGACGCAGCCACAGUGCACCAAUGUCGUUGAUGGUGCUGCUGCUGCUGAUGGUACUCAUCGUCGUCAUCGAGACUCGGAUAAUUACGCAGGACAAUUGAUGAGACAAGCAUCAUCGCCAGCAGAUGACGAGGGCGACACUCCAGUCAUCAUCAAUGGGCAGAAAGUGGCCAAUAGGAACUUGGCACCCUGGAUGGUGUACCUGGAAGCCCUGAAUUCGGGCAUCUGUGGGGGGUCACUCAUCACCAACCAGGUCACCCUCACAGCUGCUCAUUGUGUCACCUCCAGAUGCUACAACAGGAGUGCUGACCAAAGCCAGUUCAGUUUCUUACACCAUCGGAGGACUGACUUCCUUAUCAGGGGA